CCGAUUGCUACUAACUUCUCUCAAUUUUGUUGGAAAAAUCUCAUCGAUAAAACCCAAAAUCUAAAAGUUCGUCACCACAAUCUACAGAUUGCAUAGCAUAUCUGUUGUUACAUCACUUCUGAUACAAUUCCCUGUUUCAUCGUUCAUGGUUGUGAUAUCAUUAUAUGCAGAUGUGAUUUCUGUUUGGAAAAUUUGAGUUUUGGGGACCGAAUUGGGUGCAAAUAAGCGAUAAGUAUGAGCCGGCCGGCGGUGCACCCGGUGGAGCCGCCGCCUUUGAUUGACGGAAGAAACGAUGUAGCGCCGCCUCGAAGAGUGAGGAUGAAAGACGUGGAAGGCAUGCCUGGUACGUCAACUGGACUCGCCCUUCGUCUCUGUCAGUUCGUCUUCACCGUCAUUUCUCUCACCGUCAUGGCUACAACAUCUGAUUUCCCCUCCGUCACCGCUUUCCGAUACCUUGUUGCUGCUGUUGGCUUGCAAAGUUUAUGGAGCUUGUCGCUAGCUAUGAUCGAUGUAUAUGCACUUUGUGUCAAAAGAAGCUUGAGGGAUCCUGCAGUUAUUACUGUGUACACAAUUGGCGAUGGGAUUACCUCGACGCUAACUUUUGCUGCUGCAUGUGCAUGUGCGGGCAUCACGGUUCUUAUCAGCAAUGAUCUUGAUAGAUGUGAUAUAAACCAUUGCAAAAAGUUCAUGUCGGCUACAGCUUUGGCUUUUCUAAGUUGGUUUGCCGUAUCUCCAUCUUUUUUCUUGAACUUUUGGUCGCUGGCGUCACAAUGACAAAGAGACACAUUUUAGUUUGUGAAGAUUUCAAUGGGACACGAACUAUUUAAGGUUGUGAGGUACAAAAUUUUGCUUGCUCUUUUGCAGCAGGUAUGAGUGUUUUGACAUUUGAUGUCAAAUUUUGUAUAACUGUACCUUGAUUUCAAAUUUGGUUGGUCAUCAAGAUAUUAGAUUCUAGUUUAGUUCAAUUAUGGCUACAUUGUUACCACAAUUUUUGUCACAAACAUUUGAAACUUGAAAGGUUUAUUGUGAA